UGCCAUGGGGGGCAGUUGUCUCGUCGCGAGGACCGUUGACUCAUUAGCAAGACCUCCCCUCCUCCGCCCUUUGACAGAACGAUACCGUUUCUCGUCUUGAGAGAUGACGACCUCGAACGGUCUUAGUGGCCGGAGACGACAGUAUGCACUCGCAUUAUCUCACGAAAGGACGAUAACGUAUCGACGUAUGUAUUAUCAUCAUUUAUGAUGACGAUGAUGCAGGGGCCAGGAUCAGCGAGUUACGAUACGCCAUUCUUCGUUUCCUCCUUGUGCUCCGUCUGGAGAGAAGGCCCUGCAAAUUGUCGAUCGAAUGCUUGCAUAAGUGUCAACUUUUCGCAGACAUAUUCUCAACAAGGGUGCAGUUCGCCCUUGUCUUUCGCGUGGCUUACUAGCUAGAAAAUGCAGUUAAGUUACUAACUAGUUAGUUAGUUAUACGAAUCUCCAGCGAACAGCGGUCCCACAUCCCCCGACAAUCAUACGCUUGAAUGUGUGAAAAGGAACAAAGACGCGGCCGUGGCUGACUACUGGUGAAUUCUUGUCAAUAUGGUCCUCUUUUCUAGGGGCAGUACCUAGUGUCAAGCCACGCGAGCACACGAUGUGCCUCCUCAUGGAUCAUCAGGUAGGCUAAGACAAGCGAAAUAAGAAACUCUGCAGCAUUGUUAACGCCUACCAAAAUCCUCCUGGCCAAACGGUUGCGGUACAGGGGAGUGAGUGUUGAAUGAGAUGGUGGGACAUGGAUACUUCUAUCACUGCCCCAAUUCGCCACUUUGGGGAUAAGUUUCACAGCAUUCGAACCACUAGCCACAUACUUAACCGUUCUCUAAAAGCGUAUGCAACAGGGAAUGUCGUCGUUGGACAAGGUUCUCGUCAAGAUUCGCCAGGCCUUGGACACUCUAUGGCCAUUGGCAGGUCGCUCCUUGCUUAUGACACCCCUUACUCCGCAUUAUAUUAUCAGGAUCCACAUCCAUACAAGAUGCAAUCCAUAACUCAGCUCUAACUUAACUGACUUAACUAGGAAUAGAGCGCAUGAGAAGGUUCGAGCAUUGGAGGAAUUGAACUCUAGACCAUGGCUGCUCCACGAUUCCUGGACAUUGUCCUUAGCCUACCCCUCAGUGAAGCAAAGUCUCGGCGGAUGUAUGUAUACAGGGCCGUACAUGAUAAGGGCAAUUUUCACGGCCCGCAGUCAUGAUACGCGGACACAAGAACUGAAGAAUAUUGGCUGUGCAGGUGUUCUAGAUGACUGUUAUUUGCCUGUAUUGUAGGACAGAGGCUAAACGGCGAUAAUGUAUCUGAGUAUUAUUACUCACCCCUUGAAUCGGGUCGUAGUAAGUAACUUUCCGUCGAGGCACCCCUCGCCCCAGGAGAAAGUACUUGCUUGCUGUCCGAAUACAUGUGAGAUCGACCGCCUUUCAUGUUCGGGAAGGUUUUCUUUGGAAUAGCUAUAUAAGGGCCUCUCGACUCGCCAUCAAAGUUGGAAUUUUCGCCUUCUUUUUGUUCCCAACCGACAACGCUUGGUCCACCCUAUGAUCUCACCUAUUUUCACACCUCAGUUUACCAGAUAUAAGUAAGAUCUUCCUAUCUAUUGCACCAGCAUCUAGCGGGUAAUUUAAUCUUCACUCUUCACUUGGGAGAACGUCAUCCUCUGUCGUGUAUAACGUCUUCGCUUACGUUCUCAACCUGCCAAACAUUCCUCAUGGCAUCUUCUGACCAACAAAUGAACGUUGAUCGUAAGUUGAUACCUGCAAUUCCACUCAGCAAGAAUACCGGAGGCUUAUGUUAUGGAUUGAAAUAGCCAACCAAACAAACCAGUAUCAAGCCACCGGAGGGCCGAUGGAAGAUCUCAACAAUGAACCCUUUGCCGACGAGCGAGGCUUCAACGGCUUUGGUAAGACAGCUUCCGCGCCUGAGCGUAAGGGAAGCGAGGGUUCAGCUCUUGGGUCCUCCCUCGGAUCAUCGCCACCAAGAGACAGACGGAUGAGCAAGGAAUGGGAUGCCGCACAAGUUCCGCCAUCCAGAUUUCAAAAAAAGGAAGGGAGCAUCUUUUCCACCGCAGGAUCCAGGGACAGCCAUAUCACAAGAAGAGAUCGGGAUCACCUAUAUCAUGCCAAAUUGAAGGAGAAGGUUGGUUUUGUAUGUGUGAGUUUAGGUUGGACCCAAUGCUAACCUCGAGAUCUAGGGCUGGGGCUCCUGAGAGGGUACUAACCCGUACCCUAUGGCUAGGUAGUUUCCUCCAUGAUGUGCAUUAUAGUUUAGCAAGCACCUGAAGUUGCCUGUUCCAUUCACACUGUCGCCCCGGCAAAGCCGGGCUUAUUGUGGUUUAUGACGCUCCCUGUUUUUGACGUCCUUGACGCUGGGUUUGCACCUGUCGGUACAUCUGGUUAGAUGUUCAAUGGAAACCGGGCGAAUUUCUUUCUGGGCAUAUCGCUUGGUUUUUGUGUCUUCUUCAUCCUGUCUUUAUUGAUCAUCUUUCUGGCCCAAUUCAGAUCGACUCAACUUGGAAUUCCACCCACUCGUCUCAGUGGUCUGGUCUGGGUUCUUUUACUUGCGUCCAGCAUACAUCCUUAUAGGACGAAUACUCCGUCCACGUCUGGUAAAAGUGUCAAGUAACUGCUUGUAGCUGUCGCCGCAAACAAAAGAAAUUGGUAGAAUUGUCAUUGUUGUUAGCAAGUGGAGCUCGGCUGAAACGCGCUUAACACAGCCGCGGCCAAUCAGCGGCCGC